GAAGAAUGAUUGAUGACAAAGAUAUUGGAUACUGAAACACUGCCUAACGAGGCCAACUGUUAAAUGUUGUUGUUACAUAAACAUGAAUGUGUUGAUUUUUCCUACCUUGGCAUGCAAGACGUCUAAAUUCUGUGUCCAUAUUCGGCUCUUCUCUCAAGCAGCUGACAAAGCAUUACUAUACAAACUGCGUAAAUUAACAGGCUUCACUUUUUCGGCUUGCAAAGAAGCUCUCAUCAAACAUGAAAAUGAUCUUGAUAGGGCAAAAGAAUGGUUAGCUAGCGAAGCUGUUAGUCGAGGAUGGGAAAAAGCAGGAAAACUAGCCGGAAGAGCGAUGAAUGAGGGUCUUCUAGGGGUCCUAGGUUCUCGAAGUCAUGCUAUUAUUGUCGAAGUCAACUGUGAAACUGAUUUCGUCGCAAGAAACCAUUCAUUCCAGUCUUUAGUCGCCACAGCAGCUGAAACUGUUUUGACUAACUACAAUGAGCCUACUAAAUUAUCAUUGGAUUCCGACCAGUUGGAUAAGUUGGUAACCUCCAACUCCUCUACCUUGAAAGAUAUUACGGUUGCAGCCAUAGGAUCUAUUGGUGAAAGUAUUCAACUAAAAAGAGCUGUCGGACUUUGUGUCCCUGAUAACACUAGCACAAGUUGUCUGGCUAUUUAUUCACACACGAGCUCAGAGAGUAUAUUACAAGGGAUACGAGAUGUCCGCUUUGGAAAGUAUGCUGCUAUCAUUCGCUAUAGACCAUUGAAUGACAAAGUAAGUCUAGUUUUUAUUUGCGACUCAGCUUGUGAUCAUCGUGAGCCAUAUUGAAGCAUGAAACUUCAACUAAUAUUUUACAUACUUUGGAAUGCUUUCUGAACUAAUUGAUUUUUACAUGAUCAUCAUCCUAACUUAAUUCUAAACACUACAAGCUUUUUUUAUUUAAUAAAAACUUAAGUGCCAGAUUUUUCGAUAGAACCCAUUACAUAUAUCACUUUACGCUUGCAAAAACGGAUUCAGAAAUACGUUUUGUGUGUGAAAUAUUUUUAUAUUUCCAGGAAAGGAAUGGCUUAUUCUAAUUCAAAAGCUAUACAAUCUGUCAGAAAACUAUGUAGUGAGGAUCCUAACUACUUUUUGUGUCAUAUGUAAAGCUUCUUAUUGUUAUCCGACCUUUUCGUUUCAUGUAGAAUCAAAGCUCUUAAAAAAUGUUGGAUAUGAAUUUCAACGUUCUAGAUAAAAUUACAUGUAGCUGUCUAUUAUUUUGAUUUUUAUUCACACAAUUCUGUAGACACUACCUAAUUUUUCAUCAGAGCUCACCACAACAAUAGAAAAUUAAAUACAGAUAUCAGCACUUUAUUGUUCUUUCGAAAAUGCAGUUGAUUAAUUUCAUUUCUUUAAAAAUCCAACCAGGAAUUUACAUCCUAAGCAACAUAAAUAACUUGGUCUUAGUUUUUAAUUUUAGAAUAUGAGGAAGCUAACCAACAACAUUGUACUUGAUAUGAUUCUUUGAUAAAUAUGAUCAUUAUGUUGACGUCUAAAAUAUGACAUGGUGUCGUGGUAUGAAAGAAAGCUGCAAAGGCCUGGCUUCUGUUGGUCCUUCAUGACUCCCUGGCUGGGGUCCUAGAGAUGGUGCAGCACAGCAGUUAGAGACGUUAUCAGAUAUGGUUCAGAAUAGAAGCCAGUGGCGAUCCUACUGUAACGUUUUACUUUCUUCAUAGAAAACGGUUGUUUUUUCCUUAACUGUUGUUUAUUCCUUCAGAUUUCUUCUGAUUGUACCUUUCCGUUUCCCCCAUUAUUAUUAUUAUUAUUACACUAUCUUACACUGAUCUGUUCGUUAUUGUUCUUUUUUACGCUCCUUACCUUCUUUUUUCUCUUCGAAUUCUCAUUGUUUUGUGUGGCGCAUAUAUAUUUGGUGCCCCCUUGUACCAAUUUUAUGUGUUCAAAUAAAUAAAUAAUAAAUAUUACUCAUACAGCACAAGCCAUUGAAUGUUGAUUGGUGUAUGUGUAAUUUCGGCAAGAAACACGGACUUCGUUUACCUAAGCAGUUAUCUCAGAACCUGAUAUAACGUUGAAGGUAAUACAGCUUCUUGAAUAAUUAAUCAAUCAUUUCAUCCCCUAUUCUAAAACUUGGUAACUCAGUAGAUUAUUUGUGAAGAAUUAUCUGACAUCCGAAACUUCACGACGAUGGGCUGUUUCUUUUCAUUAUAUAUAUCUUACCAUACUGAAUAAUUAACACUUCUAACCCUUUCACUAUGUUUUUUUAUUUUAUGUCAGCCUGCCAAUGAUCCAUGGUAUGAACGAGCUUCACGUUUGGGGAGACAAGUUUGUCAGCAUAUUGUUGGCAUGAAUCCAAAUCCUGGAUUAGAAUCUGUUGAAAAUCCAGCUGCCGAUCCGGAAGAAGAGAAAUCUCUUCUGCUACAACCCUUUCUAUUAGAUGAAACUAUAUGUGUAGGCGAACAUUUAUCACGGAAUGAAAUGGUCCUUGAAGACUUUGUUCGUGUUGAAUGCGGAGAGGAUGAUCGAGUUGAUAAUUCAAAGAAUGUGUAGAAAACGGGAGUGCGAUUACUACAUAAUCAUCUUGAACAUGUAUAUUCAGGAUAAUUGUAAUUAUAAUCCACACUUAUCAAAUAAACUGUAACUUGUUUAUAUUACUUUCUGUACAGAAUUAGUUAGUAUUGUUAAUAGUGUGAACAAUCAUCUAUCAAAUGAAUUUCUUCAAGGCAUUUAGCGACGAUAGUCUGAGAUAUUUCCUCAGGUUCUUUUCAAAGCUAUUUUCUUUCCUAAAUUUUAUAUUAUUAUGUUUUCGAACAAGAUCAGACUGCUGUUCAAAUACGUUGACGUUGUCAUAUUUUUAAUUAAUUUACUUUUGGAGUACAUAGUUAUUUAGAAAUUGCUCGUUUGAAUAUAUAUGGUAUUCAUCUUAUGUGGAAUGCAAAUCUUUGUAUUAUAUUCUUAUUAGGAUUUCAGUUAUCGUUUCCGAUGAGCUUUAGCGCUUACUGAAGAAUAUUCAAAUGUGAAUAUAAAAACUUAAAAUCUAUCGAAUUCAUAAGGUUUUUUUGUAAAAUUUAAAAUUCUUAAUAUUAACCACUUAAAA